AUGGGUAUUGCAACAAGAUCUUUAAAAAGUAAUGGGCUAUGGUGUUAUAUCCUUUUGCCUUUAAUUUUACUAAAUUAUACAAUUAUGUAUAAUACAAGUGUAUUAUACCAAACAGUAGCAUUCAUAUCAGUGGGGUUAUUUUUUCACUGUAGUCUUUUUAUUCUCUUCCUAUCACUAUCUGGUAACAUAAUGUUGGAGACAGAUUUUGGAGGUUGUGUGGCAUGUGGUUUGAUAUCAACUAUGCUUAUUUAUGCAUUUACAAAUCAAGAUUUAAUGAUUUCUUUAGUCAUAACAAUGUCAUGUGUAUUAUUAUUUAGUUAUUUAUUAAAACUUGUUCUGAUAAAUUUUCCUAAAACAUUUACCGUGGGUGAGGCAAUGGUGGUUGUACAAAGUAUACCUCUGUUUGUAUCUGCAACAUCAAUUCAAUAUGUACAAAGUAUGUUAAAUGGUGUUAAUGAAGAAUUUUCAUUUAUAAAUACUAUUGUAUUUACAAUAUUAUUAACAACUGUAUUGAUAAUAACAUCAAUAUUUAUGUUAAAUGUUGAAUACAGAACUGUCAACACUAUAGUAUCUAUUGUAAUAGCAGGUGCUAUAGUUUUAUUACUCAAAUGGCAUAUUAUAUUGGGACCAAAUUGCUUGUUUGAUAUAUUUGAGUACAUUUUCAUGGAUUACACAAGGUUUAAAUUGUUUCUGUUUUGGUUAUCAUUAUUGUUGGUAUCAAUACUUGUGAUAUGGAUCCAAACAAGGACCGUGGUUAAGGCAAGCACAGUGACAAGAAAGACAUUCCAUAUAUUGGCUUCUAUUGUGUUCCUGAGCGGCUUAUUGACUGAUAUACCAUUGAUGACCUUGGCAUCUGGAGUAGGUUUAUCUUUGCUAGUGUUUGUUGAGGCUCUAAGGAUAGCAGAAAUUGAAACGAUCUCACCCACUCUUCAAUCAGCCUUUGUUGUCUAUUGUGACGAAAAGGACAGAGGCAUAUUUGCGAUGACACCGCUGUAUUUAUUCGUGGGUCUUGCUUGUCCUAUCAUCUUAGUUCCGGAGCCUGUCAGCCUGGACCUAUUGGCUGGAGUGCUCGCGGUCGGUAUAGGAGAUACAGCAGCUAGUUGUGCUGGAGCUACCUUCGGGAGGUAUCGCUGGUCAAAUAACAACCGGACUUUAGAAGGGACAGCGUUUAAUAUCUUAUCACAAGUUGCAGUUGUGUAUUUGUUGGUGUUUUUCGAUUUUAUAGACGUUCCAAACGCACUAAUACGUACUGUAUUCGCGUCGACUACUUCAGCGUUAGUAGAAGCAAAGACCGAUCAAGUUGACAAUUUAGUUCUACCUCUUGUUACAAUAUUAGCAUUUCAAGCUACUAACUUUCUCUCAUGAUUUGUAUUGUUUAAAUCUCGAUACUUUGUUUCCUUCGUUUUAUGUUCUAAGACUUACGAUGAAAUCCUAUUAGCGUAAUAAAGUCGAACCUGGAUAAGCGAGAACUUGAUAAAUGAGAAAUCUCUAGUCGAGAGAGUUAAUGUCUAGUCCCGAGAAACGACCACAAUAAAGAAAUUCAGCUUAGAGAUUUCUCUCUAAGGAAGGUUUCUUAAAGGUUUCCCUUUGUAAGCGUGAAAAAUAUAACGUUUCCUUGGACUCUCCUUUAUCUAGGUUCGACUAUACAACAUUUGUCUUUUUUUAUGACACUUGGGACAAUUUCUGACCCCACAAUAACUAACUAUGGGAAUUUCAAUGGAUUUAUAGAGUUUUUUGUCAUACAAAGUCGAUGUAUGAGUGAGAA